ACAGCACUUCAAUUCAAAAGGUAUACACGAAUAUUUGGAAAAACUUGACGUUUAAACUUUAAUCUUUGUGGCAUAAAUGGCGACAAUGCAUGAGGUGGCAACAGAUAGGAAGCUUCUAAGCCGCGGCAAACUAAUUUCCGACAGUUUAAACGAGUUGCCGCGAACAAGCCGAUAUGCGUUCGACUCGAAAUCGCCUUCAAGACAAGGCUUGCAUAGUCGAAGUGCCAGCUUUCCCCAACGAUCAAGCAAGAGUCCUUUUUUUGUGCGCCACAAUCCGCAUCCGAAAAGAGUUAUCCAUCUUAAAGGCUUGCUAGAUGUUCCUGUUUGUACGGUGAUAGACAGCAACUCGCACGAAGAUCCGGCAAGAUUUUUGGUCAAAACUCCAGCUUUGCCCGCUGAAGGAACCGGUCGCGUAAGGGGACUACGAAUGCCUUUAAAUUCGACAUCUUUUGUGACAUGUAAGGAAAAAGCUGUACCGGGAAUUGGCUUAGUACCCAUAACACAGACUUGGAGAGAGGAGCUUGCAAAGUUAACAGAAGCGGCAGGUUUAAGAAAACGCCAUCCAACUAUCAGCAAAACUGGACUACUACAGCCACCAAGUUCUCGGCAGAGUGAGAGGCCAAUUGCAUCAAGGGAAGCUGUGAAUGGAGGUAUCCCACCAUCCAGAAAUGGUGAUAAACCCAGGACUCCAGGGAACCAUGAGAUGCCACCAGCAUCAAGACAGUGUUCACGACAAGCGUCUGAGAGGCCGCUGGAACACAUAAUGUCUGUCACAGAUAACGAAGGAUGGGUGAUGGAAACAUUGUGUAAUAUUCUGCAAACAGAUUCAAUCACUGCUGUUCAAUCCUGGCUUGUCAAUGCUCCCAGUAGAGAAAAAGAACUCGUUCUCGAUAUGAUUCGUGCCAUAUCAACGUCGGACUUUGAAUUUCGUGAGGGCUACCAGCAAGCGGUGCGGUCGCCAAUCUACGAAGAUCAGUUGUUGCAACACGAAAGCACACUUGAUAUAGACGCCAUUAAAGAGUAUAACGAAAAACAAGGAAGAAAAUCCAAGCAACUUCAAGACAAGGAUAACAUAGGAGAAACGCAGAAAACUUUUGCGGUUGAGGAAUUGCAAAAACCGAGACCCGCAUCUCAAAAUGGAGUGAAAUCAAAUUGGAUUGCAAGUGAACUGAAACCCAGCUCUCCAUUCAAACCUCGACCGGGAACCAGUGACGCUCAAAUCGAAGAAAUUCGCAGUAAACUCGAAUCGCGAUGUUCCCCUCGCGUGUUCUCUCAUCAGAAUCGCGUGCCGCCUUCCCGUCAUUCAGCACGCGCCGCAUCUCAGCAAAGUGUGUACGUUCCUCCGACCAACUCCCUCGACGCUGCUGCUCAAAGACCGCCUAGUCACCAGUCCAUCAAGUCCCAACAGAGCGUUUUGAAAAGUAUAUUGGAAUAUAAGCCGGAAAAAGAAUGAUGUUGACUGUACAUACAUACGAGUGGAUUUUCCUAUCUUCGAUGCGCAUGUGCGUUGGCACAUUGGGAAGUUUAAAAACUUCCACAUUGAAGAAGUAUCAGCCUCAGCCAGUUUUACACUUGCAAUCCAUCUUGAAUUUUGGUGUGGUUUUUGGUGCUAUUUUUCUCAUGAGUGUGAAUGAGAGUAUUGAAUGUUCGUUAUUGACCAUGGACAUGGUAGAUCGUUCACAUACAUUCAAAGGAGAUGCACGCAAAAUUUCAAGAGAAUUAACGAGAGGAUUUCCC